AUGUCGGGCAGCAUCCCUGGCCUCCACCUACUAGAUGCCAGAGGCACGUCCUCCCCCGUGCUGCCAACCGGAAACGUCUCCAGACGCCCUGGGCGCCAAACCGUCCCUGGUGGAGGACUGCUGCCUCGAAAGGGGAUGGAGAGAUCGCAGGUGGAGGGGGCCAGCCACACCCGUGAUGCCACUGCACCUGGGGGGACCUUCCCCAGCAGGGGUGAAGGGCCCAGGCAGGUGCUGCGACUCGAGUGUGCAGCCCCCGUCAGCCUGUGUCUGGACUCACAGCUGCACGUGCAUGGCCACCUCCAGUGGGACAUGCUCUCCUGGGACACAGAUCCGGGGUCGGCCCUGAUUGCUCUGAGGAGAGAGAAGGAGCCACAAGUCGAGGUGCCUUUCCAGCCCCCAUGUGGGAGCCGUGGCCUUGACGGCUUUCCUACCUGCCCGUCACCUCACCCCACCCUCAAUGCCCACCUGGCCGAACCAGCUGUUUGGUCAGCAUUGAAGGGGCUCUUAGACCCGCCAAGUUUUUUCUAUCAGCUGUUUGAUCUCAGGGGGUGGUCCCCAGGAGGCGCCUGGCAGCCCCCAGAGUUCUCCACUUUGCGUGGACGGCCCAAAACAAACAAAUCGAUGAACAGAUCAAGAAUUUCAUUCAUGGCCUCUUGUGAUGUGAGAUGUCCUCAGAUCCCUGAGUCACUGCUGUGCCGACACCGCAAAGGCUGCGAUUCAAGGAGAACCAGCGUUCCAGGCCCCAGGAAGGAUGUGGGUCCACUGUCGGGAUUCCGGACAGGAAAAGCCAUGAGUAGCGGUGACAAGACAGGAGGCACCUUCGAGGGCGCCCUGGGGGUGUGAGCUGUGCGUGGAGCUGCGAGGCCCUGCGGCACGACGCCGGGGUUUUGUAUCAGCACCCGUUUCUUCCCAGAUUAGCGGGAAACAGUGAGCGCUGCCGGGAUGGAGGGAACCCGAGGCCACAUCCUUCGUGGAGGAGAAGCUUCAGCGCUGGGGCGGCCAGGCCAGGGUCCCCGUUCCCCGUGCUGAGGGCCGCGCCUGCUGCGGGCCGCCCUGGGCUGUCGGAAAGGGGCACCGCUCGGCCUUUGGGCAGAACUGCGCGCGGUCUGGAAGGUUCUGACUCCCUGGGACACUGUGGUCAGCUGAAAUUUGCAGACCAUCCCUGGCCCUCGUUCAUGCCCAGCUGGUUCCGCAAGCGUUUAGGGCAGUGCCAGCCAGGCGCUUGGCCCUGUGGGCGGGGGAGGAGGGGAGGGGCGCCGUCCGUGCACGUGGCCCAGCGACUCCUCC